CGCCAGCGCCAGUUGCGCAUGGAUUGGUCUAACGGUGGGCUUUUUUUGUGCAGUUUCUCAUUGGCUUUUGGAAAUGACAGUUCGGUGCCAUCGUUUGCCGUUUUUCAAUGAAUGCUGUAUGCACUUUGUGGCUCUGUUGUUGUUGAUCAUUUUGGAUCAGUGGCGCUGCGAGAAAGAUGCGCGCGUCUGAUGAUGGAAUUUCUCCCAGAGACCGCAACGGCUCCAUCGUCUCCGUGCGACAUUAGGUAGAAGCAACCUGACAGCGGGAAGAUGUUCUGCUCCAAGCUCAAAGAGCUCAACAUACCAGCAGAGUGCUCGUUCUCCGCCAGCGCCGCAAAUGAUGCGCUCGGGGACUUUCAGGAGCGCGCGAGGGUCGCCGCAGACACCGCGGCUGGAAAUAAGGACGAGCACGGAAAAACAGGCGAGGAUCGACAGAAAACCAUCAGAGCCAAAGUUAACCUCCAUACACUUGGAGACAGCAUCCGAAAAUUGGCAUGUCCCGAGUUUGACAGGUUGCAUGCUGCCCUCCAACGAAUGAUGAAAUUAUCCGCUAAUAGCAGGGAGUCAGAAAGCCCAGUAUUGUGCAGUACUGACUGUCAAAAUUGCAGCGAUAAAUCAGAGCAUUUAUUGGAGGUUAUGAACACUUACGCAACCAAAACAGAAACACCGAUGGACACUUUGAAAGUUGCUCUUGGUGAGGAGCUCUUCAACAUGUGCUAUGAAGAGGAUGGACAUAUUUUGCGGGUUGUAGGGGGCGCUCUUCAGGACUUCCUCAACAGCUUCAAUGUUUUGUUGAAGCAGAGCAGUGCUCAGCCCAACCCAGACAGAGAGGAUUGUGGAAAUGAGCCCUCGGUGCUGUGCUUAGACAAGGAUCCAGGCCUGCUUACUGUCUAUUUCUUUAACCCCCAACUGACCACCGAGCUGUUUUUCCCUGGAGUCAUCAAAGCGGCUGCCCACCUACUGUACCAGACCAUUGUGGAGGUGUUGAUGGACCCCCCUUGUGCCAAAGACAGCAUCUUGCAGUCCAGCCCACAGCCCAGUCUUCUGUACACAGUUAUAGUGAAGGAUGCUCAAAAUCUGACACCUAGUCCGCUACAGGCCACCGCAGCGGGGACCCUUCCUACGUCUCUUUUCUCCACCAUUUUCCCUUUCCACCUGAUCUUGGACCAGGACUUGGUCCUGGUGCAAAUAGGACACGGGCUCAGGAAAAGACUGAUCAGAAAGGAUGGACUGAGACGUUCAGCUACUUUCCAAGAACACUUCUCUAUUGUCUCGCCACAGAUCAGAUGCACUUUUCAAGGUAUUCUGUCGAUGUUAAAUACCCAGUUUAUCAUUCGGAUCAAGCAUGGAGUUUCCAGCACUGAUAACACCGGGAAGCUCAUGGACAUUAAAGGUCAGAUGAUCUACGUUCCUGAGUCUAAUGCCAUUUUGUUCUUGGGCUCGCCUUGUGUGGACAAGCUUGAGGAGCUGACAGGUCGCGGCUUGUACCUGUCUGAUAUCCCCAUUCAUAACGCUUUGCGUGAUGUUGUCCUGGUUGGUGAACAGGCCAAGGCUCAGGAUGGUUUGAAGAAACGGUUAGGGAAAGCCAAGGCUGCAUUGGAGCAUGCUCACCAAGCACUAGAAGAGGAGAAGAAGAAGACGGUGGACCUCCUCUUCUCCAUCUUCCCUGGCACUGUGGCACAGCAGCUGUGGCAGGGACAAACAGUCCAAGCCAAGAAGUUUGACCAUGUUACCAUGCUCUUCUCUGACAUUGUGGGCUUCACUGCUGUUUGCUCACACUGUACACCGAUGCAAGUGAUCACCAUGCUCAAUGAGCUGUACACCAGGUUUGACCACCAGUGUGGAGAGCUUGAUGUUUAUAAGGUGGAGACCAUUGGUGAUGCGUAUUGUGUAGCAGGUGGCUUACACAAGGAAAGCAAGACUCAUGCCAUCCAGAUUGCACUCAUGGCCUUAAAGAUGAUGGAUCUUUCAGAUGAAGUAAAGACGCCUACCGGAGGACCAAUACAGAUGCGCAUAGGCCUCCAUACAGGUUCAGUACUGGCUGGUGUAGUUGGUGUACAGAUGCCACGAUACUGCCUUUUUGGAAACAAUGUGACAUUGGCCAACAAGUUUGAAUCGUGCAGCCAACCUCGAAAAAUUAACAUCAGCCCCACAACCUACAGAUUACUGAAGGAUCAUCCAGAGUUUGACUUCAUUCCCAGGACCAGAGAGGAGCUUCCAGCCAAUUUCCCAGAGGACAUUUCUGGCGUUUGUUACUUUUUGGAGGCGUCCAUGAAAGUGUCAAGUGACUCUGAAAGAAAGUCAAGCUGUUAGAGCCCCGAAAAUAUUAGACUGGAACAAGCUUAAACUUAUGUAUAGUGCAAACACCUUGUACAGUUCAGUUUGGGUGGUUUAGAUUAUAAUAUUGUUUUCAGUCAGAUUCUUCCAGAAGCUUACAGAGAUGUCAGUUUGGUGUUGAAUAUUUGAGUCUUGUCCAUUUUUUAAUUGUAAAGUUGUAGUUCAGAAAACUUUUUUUUUUGGUCUUAAUUUUUUUUUUUAUCAUCGCGAAGCUCCUGUCUGAGUGAAAGAGCAUGCCAGAUAGAGAUGAUGAGACACAUUACCAUUAUUUAAGGUGCAGAAAUGUCAAGAAUCAUAAAAAAACAGGACAAAAUAUUUAAAGGGAUCAUAUUGUGCAAAAUUUUUUUAAUAUCCCUUUUGCAGUUAAAUAUGCGUUGCAUUUUGUGUUAAAUAUCUUCAAAGUCUCCCAAUUCUAGGUGCAAAAUAAACCCAUCUACUACAAGCAAACAUUAUGGUGAAAACAACUUGUUUAGUCUUCCGUGACUUAUGUCACAAAAUUUGUGUGUGGAUUCCAGCUUCGAUCUUUGAAGCUACGCUCACAUUAGCUACAAAUGACGGCAACUAGCAUUUGGCUUUGUCACUUGCUGGGUGUCCCCGGGGUGUGCAUGCUAACAUCUCUGUAAA